AUGAUGGAUGGCGGCCCCGGGGCCCUCGGCAAUGGCGCCGCCGGGGCCCCCGCGCCCAGCGCCAACCCGCUGUCGCGCAAGUUGCACAAGAUCCUGGAGACGAGGCUGGACAACGACCAGGAGAUGCUGGAAGCUCUCAAGGCCCUUUCAACCUUUUUUGUUGAGAACAGCUUGCGGACCAGAAGAAAUUUACGUGGAGACAUUGAACGCAGAAGUUUAGCCAUCAAUGAGGAAUUUGUUAGCAUUUUCAAGGAGGUGAAGGAGGAGCUCGAAAGCAUAAAUGAAGACGUACAAGCUAUGAGCAGCUAUUGUCAGGAUAUGACGACACGCUUGCAGGCAGCAAAGGAACAAACUCAGGAUUUGAUUGUGAAAACCACAAAGCUUCAAGGUGAAAGCCAGAGGUUGGAAAUAAGAGCCCAAGUCGCUGAUGCAUUUUUAUCUAAAUUCCAAUUGACUUCCGAUGAGAUGAGUCUUCUCCGAGGCACAAGAGAAGGGCCAAUUACGGAGGACUUUUUCAAAGCCUUAGGAAGAGUAAAACAGAUUCAUAAUGAUGUCAAGGUUCUUCUGCGAACAAACCAACAAACAGCAGGCUUAGAAAUUAUGGAACAGAUGGCCUUGCUGCAGGAGACUUCCUACGAGCGACUCUACCGAUGGGCUCAAAGUGAAUGUAGGACGCUGACCCAGGAAUUGUGUGACAUAUCUCCAGUACUAACCCAGGCAAUGGAAGCCCUCCAAGAUAGACCCGUCUUAUAUAAAUAUACCCUCGAUGAGUUUGGAACUGCCCGAAGAAGUACAGUUGUUCGAGGGUUCAUAGAUGCUCUUACAAGAGGAGGUCCUGGGGGCACUCCCCGCCCUAUUGAAAUGCACUCCCACGAUCCUUUGAGGUAUGUGGGAGACAUGUUGGCUUGGCUGCAUCAAGCCACCGCUUCUGAAAAGGAACACCUCGAAGCUUUGCUAAAACUUGUAACUGCACAAGGUGUCGAAGAAAAUAUUCAAGAGGUAAUUGGACAUAUCACCGAAGGAGUCUGUAGGCCUCUAAAGGUGCGAAUCGAACAAGUAAUAGUUGCAGAACCUGGAGCUGUUUUAUUAUAUAAAAUCUCUAAUCUCCUCAAGUUCUACCACCAUACAAUCAGUGGUAUUGUGGGAAGUAGUGCAACCACACUGUUGACCACAAUUGAAGAAAUGCAUUUGUUAAGCAAAAAAAUAUUCUUCAGUAACCUGAGUCUUCAUGCCAGCAAACUAAUGGACAAGGUUGAGCUGCCACCACCUGAUCUUGGACCAAGCACUGCACUAAAUCAGACGCUCAUGUUGUUGCGUGAAAUUUUGGUGUCUCAUGACUCUUCCGUUGUUCCAUUAGAUGCUCGUCAAGCUGAUUUUGUGCAGGUUUUAUCCUGCAUCUUGGAUCCCUUACUACAGAUGUGCACUGUAGGCGCCAGUAAUUUGGGCACAGCCGACAUGGCCACUUUCAUGGUCAACUCGCUGUAUAUGAUGAAGACAACUUUAGCUCUCUUUGAAUUCACUGACAAACGGCUUGAAAUGCUGCAGUUUCAGAUUGAAGCACAUUUGGAUACGCUUAUAAAUGAACAAGCCUCUUAUAUAUUAACGAGAGCGGGCCUGAGUUAUAUCUACAAUACUGUACAGCAGCACAAACCGGAGCAGGGUUCCUUAGCAAAUUUACCCAACUUGGAUUCAGUCUCACUGAAAGCUGCAAUGGCUCAGUUUGAUCGUUAUCUAGCUGCCCCAGAUAACCUGCUCAUGCCACAGCUGAAUUUCCUUCUGAGUGCCACAGUAAAAGAGCAGAUCAUAAAACAGUCGACGGAACUGGUCUGCAGAGCCUACAGCCAACUGUACGCCGCUGUGACGAACCCAGCCAGUGGCUACAAAGACCCUGACACUCUUGUCCACAGAUCUCCACAGCAAGUGCAGACCCUGCUCUCUUGACUGUGGUUUCGGGAAGACGCGGCAGAGCAUCUGUAAAACCAUCCGGCCUCAGGAUAUUAAACACUUCCCUCUUUUCAAGCUA